AUGGCCUCACCCGCUCUCACAGCGGCUUUGGAGUCAGUGGCAGACGGUUCAGCGGCAGUCAAGACCAAGACAUACAAUGACCUACUCUCGCGGCUGACGACCUCGCCCUCUCGUGCAAAUGAACAACAUGCAACGAAUCUCGUGACAUAUAUUGACUCUCUCCUGACCUCUUCCCUCGGGAUCAUCACGAUUCGCCCACUCCUGGCGACUCUCAUCCAGUCGCUCUCGACGUCGGCCUCGGAGGUCAAGGUCACCGUUGGUUCCCACCUGGCUGAAGCCUUACAGUCACAGUUGGCCUCGUUCGAAGAGCAAGAUGCCGCGGUCAGAGAAAUAUUGGCGGAUGGAUAUGAGGCGGAAGAAGAAUACAGUGCCGCGGCCAAGGCGCUGCAGGGGAUCAAUCUAGAUUCGACGCAGCGACAGGUUCCAGAUCGCAAGAAAGUAGAAACGUGGAUUCGCAUUGUGAGGAAUUAUCUGGAGGACGACGACACCGUUGCGGCUGAGACUGGUCUGAACAAGAUCAAGAAUGCUGCCGCCGCGAUACCUGUCUUGAAGGAAUCUCCCGAUCUACGGCUCCUCUACCAACUGUCACAAGCACGGAUUCUGGACUCUCGACGAGACUUCUUGAAUGCCUCUGCGGAAUACCUCAAUGUGUCUUCUAGCAGCAUCGCGGAUGAGGAUGACCGCAGAAGAGCGCUCUCGGCCGCCAUUAAGACGGCUAUUCUUGCACCUGCGGGUCCACUACGAAGUCGAACGCUUGCAAAACUGUACAAAGAUGAGAGAUCAGCCGAGACGGAGGAAUAUGGGAUUCUGGAAAAUAUGUUUCUUGAUCGGCUGCUAUCGUCGAUGGAAGUGGAAGCAUUCGCGGCGACGCUGGCACCGCAUCAAUUGGCCAAAACUGCUGAUGGGAGUACCGUGUUGAGCAAGGCAGUCAUCGAGCACAAUCUCCUCGCGACCAGUCGAUUGUAUGAAAACAUCACGACCGCAUCACUGGGACAAAUCCUAGGUCUCAAAGACGGAGAGGAUGAGACGGCAGCGGAGAAAGCUGAGGAGUAUGCAGCUCGUAUGGUGGAACAAGGACGUCUUCGGGGGGAGAUCGACCAGAUCGCUGGAGUGAUCAUGUUUGAGACUAUCCCCGAAGUUGAGUUGCGAGGACCGACCAGGGAGCUUCGUGAAUGGGAUCACGGCGUGCAAGGGUUGGUUGAAGACGUGGAGCGCUACACUGAAGGCAUUGCUGAAAGCUUCCCGGAACUUAUCUCGGAGCAAAUGGUGCAUUGA